AUGAGUGUUGUAAAUUCACAUGAAGAUUUAUAUCAUCAAUCAUCACAACAACAACAAUUAACGACUGCUUUACCAACAUCCAAAGAAUCAUCAUCUCCAUUGGAAAGACGACCUAGUCUAUUUACUCAACGGAUAAAGAAAUUAACUAAAUCUAAAUCUUAUCUUAAUUUCCAUCAAUAUUUAGAUACCAAUAAAUCAUUAGAUUCAACCACUUCUUCUUCAACUGAAGAUCAUAAACAACAAUCACCAGUAUCUCAAUCGACAUCACAGAUGCUAUUUAAGAAAUUGACAAGAAAUCCAACCAAGAAAGAUGUAGAUCAAAAUCAACAACAACAACAAUCAACUACUACAACUUACCCGGAAGAAUAUUUAUUAUACGGAAGAUCAAGUAGUGGUACUUCAUUAGAUCCAAGAAACAGACAUAUCAAAGAUGAUUCAAUAGAUAUACAUUCAAUAUCAACUCAAGAUGUGUUAUUACCCCCACCAAAAGGAUUCUUAGAAAAACUGAAAACCUUCCCACAACCAGAAGUAUCUAAUAUUAAUACUACUUCUACUACUACAAGAUAUCCACUACGACAUUCACCUACAAUGUAUUCUCCUUCAAAAUUAGAUACAAUUGAUUCCUUUUCUGCAGUUACUAGUUUUAAAGCACAAAUACCAAGACCAGAAAUUGUUGAUGAAUUAUUUGAAAAAUUAUUAUCUAUUAGAGUAUUCCCAUCUGAAGCUAUUGAAUCAUUAAGAAAUCAACCAACUCAAAGAAAAUGGGAAUUACUCUUAAGUGAAAAUGAUACAAAUGAAAAUUUUGACUUGAAAUCUUUAUCCCAUAAGGCAAAUCAAUAUUUUUCAAAUAGAGAAACAUCAACUCCAUCAGCCAACCCUAGCAUUGAUAGAGAUACAAUCCCCCCUCUUCUAUCCGAACAACAAGUGGAUCUUAAUGAAGAUUUAUACAAUGGUGAUCCAGUCACUCUUCGACGUCUGAAAUCAAGAACAGUAACUAUAACUAAAAUAUUCCCUCAAGCAGAAAAUUUACGUAAAGCAUCAAGUGGAUCGACUUUCUCAUUAGUAUCUUCUGAAACAACAUCCACAACAACAACUUCAACUCCACCAAUAGGAACCAGUACCAUCAGUACCCAUGCUAAUGGCAAGAAAAUACGAAUAAAAGAUGGAAGUCCAGAAUGGUUUGUUACUCGUAUAAUGUCAAAUAAAAUGUCAAUUAAAGAAUUCAAAAAACUUGAAAAGAAAUUAGCUGAAAAUCAUAAAUCUUCAAAAACUUCAUUAAGUUGGAUUCAUCGAUUUUGUAAUGCUCAAGGAGAAUUGGCCCUCGCGGUUACAUUAUCUCAAAUUAAUCGGAAAAAUUUCAAAUCAAAUGAAGAAUUCGAUAAGGAAUACAUAAUUGUCAAAUGUUUAAAACAUGUUUUGAAAGAAGAUUUCCUUGAUGAUCCAGACUACUCAUCAACUACCAAGGAUAAACCCCAUGUUCUUAAAUCAUUAACUCAUUCCUUAAUCUCCCCAAGAUUAUCCACUAGAAUAUUAGUAACUGAAGUCAUGGUAAUGUUGAUGCUUUUACGAGAUCGAAGUUUAUUAGAUAGUGCAAUAACCGCUCUCUCAGGUCUUAAUAUCCAAGCUAAUGAAUAUAAUUUCAAAUUUCAAAGAUGGUUGAAUUCAUUUGAAGAAUGUAUAGAUAAACAAUCGUGGGAAAUCUUGGGUAAACAUAAAGGAGAAUCAAACAAUAUGAAGAAUUAUUUCUUAAUUACAUUAAUGUUAAUCAAUUCAAUGGUUGAAUUAUGUGGGAGUCUAAAACGAAGAAUCUUAAUUCGUCGAGAUUUUGGUGAAUCAAGAAUAAUGGAAAUUUUGGAAAAAUUGAAAUAUGUCCAAGAUGAUAGAAUUAAUGAUGAAAUUGAGAAAUAUGAAGGAUAUGCUGAAGAAGAUUAUCAUUUAUAUCUUGAAUCCAAAAGUGGAAGUGCUAGUAGUAGUGUGGUUACGAAAUAUAAACCAUUACCAACCGUUCCGAUGGUGCAACAACAACAACAAGUGGAUGGGAAUUUUGUUGAUAAACUGGAAGUAUCUUCAGAUACCUUUUCAACAAGGAAUUUAACGGAUCAGAGUACAUCUUCGUUUACACAGGAAGAUGGAGAUGAAAGAGAGAGUUUUAGAUCGAAAUAUCUGAUUACAGUGGAAUCACAAAAGGGAGAAGGAGAAGUGAAGGAAGGGAUUCAUAAUGAGAAUAAAUCCUUCUCCACAACACUGUUACCUAGAGUUGAUGAAAUUGAUCCUGAUGAAAAGAUAAAGAAUAUCUUGAACAAAUUGGUUGAACUUAAUCAAAGUGAUAGAACACCACAAGAACUUAAUAACAUGUAUAACAUAAUUGAAUCAAUCUUAAUUGACAUUUCUACCGGUGAUGAUGAAGAUUUAGCAACUGAUAAUAAUGAAACCGAAGGAGCAAAACCAAUGUUUCACAGAUUUUUCGAUAGGCUAGCAACUGAAGAUAUCGCCAGACAAGCCAUUUCGGAAGCUAGGACUCUCGCUCAUGAAAUCAAGCUUUUAAAAGCCCAAAAUUCAAAACUUGAAGAUCUAGUCAAGCUGGAAAAUGUCCUCACAGUGGAGAAAUUACAAGAAGAAAAUGAAAUACAACGGGAUAAAAUUGAGACUCAAGAGCGUCAGAUAUCUUUAUUACAACAUCAGAUUAAACAAUUAGAAAAGAAAUCACAAACUUCUGGUCAACAAGUUCAAUUCCAAUCACCACAAAAUUCAUUGGAUUCAGGUGGGAAAAAUGAUACAAUUUGUUCAAGUUCAUUUGUGAAUGAAUUAAAUACCAUUAUUUCAAAUUCUUCAUCAACUAAAAAGAGUAUUCCACAUGCUUUCAGAGAGUUGAGACAGGAACGAAUGAAGAAUAAUUCGCCGGAGCGGAGUACACCUAGCAGUCCUACGAAGUCUAGAGGAUCUCCAAAGAAGAAAGCUGCAGAAUUAGUUGCACCAGCUCCCCCACCGCCGCCUCCUCCACCACCACCACCUCCACCUCCAAUGCCAGGAUUUUUGAAUGCUGCUGCUGGAUCAGCUCCUCCACCACCAGCUCCUCCACCACCACCUCCACCACCAAUGCCAGAGUUUAUGGAAAGGUCGCAACUGACACCACUGGGUCCACCACCGCCACCUCCACCUCCAAUGCCAGGAUUCAUGCAGAAAUCUGUGUCAGCUGCACUGGGUGGGGCUCCACCACCUCCACCACCGCCACCUCCUCCACCUCCAUUGAUGUCAACAAGUGGUCCACAAGAUAUUGGGAAAUUAAUAGCUCAGCAUAAAGCACUCGCCCACCAUGACACUGGCUCUGCUCUCGAUUUUGCCCCUUCAGUUCGACCAAAAACAAAAUUAAAACAAAUGCAUUGGGAGAAAUUAGAAAGUAUCCAAAGCACCUUCUGGAAUGACAUUGAACAUGAAGAGCUCUCGGAAAGAUUGAUUAAAGAAGGGGUAUUGAAUGAGGUUGAAAAAGUAUUCGUGGCCAAGCCUUCGACUAUCAAAAAACGACGUGAUGUGGAACAAGAUCUGGAGGGAGAAGAUAAUGAGAAAAAGAAGGCAAUUAAGAAGGUUUCAUUUUUGUCUCAGGAUUUGGCACAACAGUUUGGAAUCAAUUUGCAUAUGUUUGGAAACCUUAGUGAACAACAAUUGAUCUUGAAGGUGUUGAGAUGUAAUUCGGAUAUAUUGGAGAAUAUUAAUGUUUUGGAGUUUUUCAAUAGUGAUAGUUUGGUGGAAAUUAGUGAUAAUUUGUUUAGAAAUUUGGCACCUUAUUCGAUUGACUUGAGACAUCCUAAACAUUUACCAAAGAAAAACCCUGAUGAAUUGGAAAGAGCUGAUCGGAUCUUUUUGGAAUUGUGUUAUAAUUUGAGACAUUAUUGGAAAGCUAGGUCUAAGGCAUUGUUAUUCAGUCAAACUUAUAGACGUGAUUAUACUGAUUUAGUCGGGAAAUUGAAUACUUUAGAUGAAGCUACUGAUUGUUUAAGAAAUUCGGAAAGUUUACGUAAUGUAUUUGGGAUAAUUCGAUCAUUGGGGAAUUUUAUGAAUGAUAGUUCCAAGCAAGCCCAGGGUUUCAAAUUAGAAACAUUACAACGAUUGAAAUUUGUCAAAGAUGAACUGAAUACCAUGAAUUUCUUGCAUUAUAUUGAAAAAAUCAUUAGAAAUUCGUUUCCUGAAUAUGGAACUUUUGUUGAUGAGUUAGAUGGAUUGAAUAUGGUUCAGAAUUUAUGUCUUGAUCAAUUAGAGGCUGGAUGUCAAGAAAUUUCAAAAUCGAUAAAGAUCACUAGUGAUGCAAUUGAAUUGGGAAGAUUGAGUAAAGUUGAAGAAUUACAUCCUGAAGAUCGGAUCUUGACUACCAUUAGUGCUCCAUUGCAAAAUGCCAAGAAUAAGAAUAAAUCAUUACAAGAACAUUUAAAGAAAUCAAUGGACGAAUUAAACUCUUUGAUGGUGUAUUUUGGUGAAAAUCCUAAUAAUGCAAAUAGUAAGAACUUAUUCUUUCAAAAGAUUUUAAAUUUUGUUAAUGAUUUCAAAAGGGCUCAUUUUGAAAAUGUCCAACGAGAGGAAGAACAAAGGGUAUAUAUGGCCAGGAAGAAAGCACUCGAGGAAAGGAAAGAAAAGCGAAAGAGAAAACAACAAGAAGCCGAAGAAGCAGCAGCUCACGCUGCCGAAUCAAGUAAGGAACCUAAAUCCGACAGUGCUGACAUUGAUACUGCUGAAGAAUCUCUAGCUGUUAUUGAUUCAUUAUUGGCUAAAUUAAAAGCAACCUCGCAUGUGCAUGUUAGUGGGAGAACAAAGGGAAGAGUUAGGAGAGAUAGACGAAGCAAAGCAUUGUCGUUCUAUUCCACAAUGGCACCAGCGACAGAAGAAGAGGAUGUGGUUAAUGCUACCGUACCGCCAGUGGUUGAAAAAGAAUAUGAGAGUGUUAAUAAUUUAAAACGAAGGUUGACUACUAGAAGGAAAUUAUUGGAUUCUGAAACUGUUUCGAACAAAUCUGAUGAAACAUUGCUGAGAGCACAAGCUAUGCUCUAUAGAUUACGGAAUGAGGAUAGUAAUGACACUAAUAGUGACCCAAGUAAGGUGUCCACUGCUGAGACCAACAAGGAUAGGAUAUCAGAUGUAGAAUCGAAUCCUAAAUUUGUUGAAAUUGCAUAA